GCAGGAGUCACAAAACUUGAUUGCUCGGCUCCAGAGAUUGUCAGACACUCUUGUCAGACACUCAGUGACUUCGCGCUUGUGCCUUUCCGAACAGCUGUCGCAGUGCUGGGCAGUACUGCGAGCACUGGAGGCCUCACAGGCUACACUGCUGAAUCAGCCCAGAUCUUUGGCUGACCAAAAAAUGCUCUCCCGUGGCGCACCACACCGCAUACGAGCACUGCGAAGAGCCAUGACAACAACGCCAAACCCGGCGACGCUCGCGGCCUUCCGGCGGCUCAUGCGCGCGCGCGCGGCGCUCUUCGCCGACGACGCGUACGCCCUGGACGCGUCGCGGACGAAGCUGCGCGACGAGUUCAUGCAGCACCGCGGCUGUACGGACGCGGGCGAGAUCGACGAACUCCUCGCGGGCGCCGCCGAGGUCGAGGAUUUGUUACGGAACAACGUCGUCCAGGGCCGCCGGCAGGAGGCCUCGGGCGCCUUCAAGUUCAAGGUCAAGGGCGCGUCCGGCGAGGACGAGCUCGCGCACCGCGCGGAGCCCGUCGACGACCUCGAGAUCGCGCUCGCCGAGGCGGAGUUGGAGGGUAAGAAGUCUUAG